AUUAUUAAGUGAUAAGUAAUUACUCAAGUAAAGGUAAGUUUAACUUCAACAUAAAAGUUAUUAAAUCAGCAAUUUGAACAAACAAAGAAGUUAUGUAAAAUGAAUAAGCUGUGAAUUGUGCGUAUUAUGGGCGUGAAACACUAAAGCUCUCGUUCGACGGGCUGUAUUUCCUGCGUAACUAACGUAAGUCCACCGGCAGGCGGCGCACAGUGGCAGGACAGUAACACUAGCCGUCGCCGACUGUCUACCUCAUCUUUCUAUAAACAACCCGAAACGACAUCGAGAGGUGGAGCCGCCGCGCUGACAACUGUCAAAAGACCCUUCCUGAUAAGAAGAGCUCUUCCGUCCUCAUAGCAUCUUGUCGUAUCGCUUUCGAAACCGUUAUAAGCCACACAGUUGAAGCGAGUAUACCGUAUAUUCCGAGUAAGUUAUACGACGUAUCUUUCGCUAUUCCGUUAUUGCGGAGCCUUUUCGGAUGAGCGGUUCGCACUUUGACAGGUUUUGACAGGCUGCAUGUCUUCCUGAAGACCCACUUAUAAGUGAGUGAUGUCAAGGCGAAGCACAAGGUUAGGUUCCAAAGGGACGACCUUUCCUGAUGAUGACGCUGCCAGCACCAGCUCCACUGAAACCACUGGCCAUGUCUCUUACAAAGAGAGCCCAACCAGGAUCUUCAAGAAGAGGACCGGUCGCAAGAGCACAGGGAGUGUUUCCCGUAAUUCCAGUCGCGCGAGCAGUGUGACUCCGAUACAGACCGGGCAACGCAGUGACCUCACUGCCACUGGAAAUAAAAAUGGCAUGCCUGUUGCUGGAUUCUCCUCUGGAUAUUCCUCUGCUGAGGAGCAUUAUGAUCAACCCAUAAAUUCAAACCCUGGUUUGACCCCAUCUGGAGCUGAACCGGGCUUUGGCAUUCGUGACGUGUUUCACUCUCCAGCUCAGGCUCUGGUUAUGCUCUACUGGUGGCUGGGCACUGCGUGGUACAGCCUCACCUCACGACUGUCUCUGAUCAAUGUGUUUCUGCUCAGCAGAUGCACAGCAGAUAUGAGAAAAGCUAUCCUACUGGUUCUCCUUCUCAUCUUUCUCAUUUUUGGAAUAUGGUACUGGUUCCCGUUUGCUUCUCGCUCUCCCGCUCAUGUGGUUGUUUCCAGGACUUCAUCUGUCAAACACACAGACAGACCUGUGAAAGCAACGUUUGAUGACCAACUCCAACAUGCCAGCCUGUCUAACUUGAAGGAUGAGAUCGCCAGCUUGCACGAAAGGGAGGAGAACCUGAUGAGAGACAUCGAACUACUGAAGAUGGAGAGCGCAAAACAGAAGGUCAAAUCUGAGAUGCUGGAAACGGAUCUGAGGUCUAUGAAUAAGCAGAUGAUGAAUGUCGAGUCUGAGCGCGGGCAGCGGAUUUCUGAGCUGAAGUCCAGUCUCUCAAGUCUUCAUUCAGCUCAGAACCUUCUCAAGGAAAGAGUUGAUGCUCAUGACACUCUCAACACCAACCUGAGAGCAGAGCUAUCCGAUUGGCUAAUAACAAACCUGAAAGAUCCAAGCUCACUGGACUCAACUAUAGUGCUCCGGCCUGAGCUGCAGAGGGCGCUAGAGGAUCUGGAGAAACGCAUACUAGAUAAACUAGUGCAUGAGAAAGAGAGCGGCAGAGACGUCUGGAGGACUGUGGGAGAGACGCUGCACCAGGAAGGAGCCGGAGCCGCCACGAUACAAGAUGUGAAAGAAAUCGUCCAGAGGGCAAUUGGUCUGUACAGGGCAGAUGGGAUUGGAUUGGCUGACUAUGCCUUGGAAUCUUCAGGUGCCAGUGUGUUAAACACUCGUUGCUCUGAGACAUAUAAGACCCGAUCUGCGUGUCUGAGUUUAUUCGGCAUUCCUCUCUGGUAUCAUUCAGAAAGCCCUCGUACUGUUAUACAGCCGGAGCUGUAUCCCGGGAAGUGUUGGGCGUUCCGAGGCUCCCAGGGUUUCUUGGUGAUCGCACUAUCUUACACAGUAAGAAUCACUCACGUCACACUCGAACACCUUCCCAAAGAGCUCUCGCCGACGGGACGCAUUGACAGCGCGCCGAAGGACUUCGCUGUCUACGGUAUGUCUAAUGAGACUGAAGUGGGAAAGUUGCUAGGGACAUUCAUGUACGACCAGGACGGAGAACCCAUUCAGACUUUCAAGCUUCCGGAAGCCUCAGAGAACUACAGCAUGGCAGAGCUGAGAGUCUUAAGCAACUGGGGUCACCUGGAAUACACAUGUGUGUAUCGCUUCAGGGUUCACGGAGAACCUUCACUCUGAAAGAUCAUUCACUCUUGGUUUACGUUAUGCAAAAAAAAAGCUCAAAUGCACUGGACUCUUAGAGAAAGAAUCAGACAGCUUCCUAAUGUACAAAUACCAAAAAAGCGCACACGUUCGACCGAUAUUAGAAUGAAGAUUGUUCGCCCUCUUAAUAAAUAUUCAGUUUGCAUUCCUCCAACAUUCAUUUUCAGGCAAGUGCUGAUAGGAGAUUUUAGUUUUUUAGUGAUUUAUUUAUUUAUUUUAUGCAAGAGGGCCAGGCUUAAAUGGAUAGUUCACCCAAAAAUUAAAAUUCACUCAUCCUCAAGUUGUUCCAAACCUUUAAGAUUUUGAAAAAAAUGGAAAGAAAAUACCAUGAGGAUCAACAGCCAAUACAUUUUUAUAAAAAUGUAUUGUUCAACAGAAGAAAGAAACUUGGAACAACUUGAGUAAAUGAUGACGCAAGUUUUCUUUUUGGGUGAACUAUCCCUUUAAGUUCUGUGCAACAGUAAAUAUGAUUUAUAAAGCCGGAUGAAGGACAAAAAGUGUCAUGCUUAGCUAGAAUUACUAUAAAGCAGCAUUUGUGUUGUUUUGCUCUGCCUUUUACAUUUGUUUUAACCUCACUAUUGUGUUUUGUAAUGUUUAUUCACGUCAUUGUAGAACCAUAUACCUCUUGAGAAGCUCGUAAUAGUUGAUUGUUUGGGUACGUCCUUAUGGAUCGACGCUGUUUGCUUUGAGCAGCGGUUGGGAUUGCACUCUGAGACUGUUGUUUUCCGCCCUGGUGACGAGUACACGUGUGUACGGUGUACGUCUCCUCUGCGGGACGGGGGAGGUGUGGAGUCAAACUCAGGUUUUGGGUUUUCAAACCAAAGUGCUCUUGAAGGUCACACUCUUGUCCUCUGUGUAUAUAUGUGCUUGAUCUCGAAUGCUUGUUCUCGAAUGCUUACUUAACUCCUUGAAGGUAUAUAUGUGCAUCGUUUUAUUUGAUUUAUUAGUAUUUUAUUUUGGCAUCCUUCUACAUUUCUCAUCAAGCUUAAUAGAGCUCUGAUGUUAAUUUGGCAAAGUUUACAUGAAGUUUCUGUAACAUUAUUUGAUAUUAUUUUGUAAAAAAAAUGUUGUUGUUUUUUUAAAUAAAUUUGAGAUGGUACACAA